AUGAGCACCUCCAUUUCCGCCACCGAGUUCCCCUUCAACCUGACCAUCUCCCUUCCCCUCCCAACCAACCGCCUCGCCUCGUCUGCCCUCCGUACUCUCGAAGUCGACGCCGAGCUCUCCCCCUUCGUCAAGCGCACCCUGACCCUGACCAGCCCGGACAGAGAUCAAGCCGCCGACGAGGCCGCGAAGACCGUCCUGGAGACGACGUACCAUGCGACCACGAACCGGAUGCUCCGCGUCGCGGUGAACGGGUUCAUGGAGAGUCUAGGCGUUGUGCUUGGGGUCAUGGAGGAGCUGGAUGUGGAUGUGCUGGAAAUGGGAGAUGCGAAAUGA